AUGGCUCGACUCGCGUGCAUGCUGGUGCUCUGGGCGGUAGCUCUACUGCCCACCACAGCCGAGACGCUACCUGCGGUCAAAAAAGACAAUCCGGCUGUGAUUUCUGCAAAACUGCGCAAAGGCUCUUUCCCAUCGACACUGCAGAAGAGAGAUACUAUCUCAGCACCAGCCUUGAGUGAUGGCAGUUACUUGAUGAACAUCUCGAUUGGAACCCCGCCGCAGCCUGUUGGUAUGGUUCUCGAUACCCUGGACACAACUUUCAUGGUCAUGUACCCAGGCCCGAACACGAACUGCUCUGCCCAUCACCAUUGUGAAGAAAUGGGAUACUUCGACCCCCGGAACUCAUCGACUUUCGCUACGGCUGAGCACAAUUGGGAAGGGUUGGACGAUUCCUUUGACGGUUCGGAUACGGUCACUGUGGGAGGGGCGAAACUCUCAGAUGUGUCGCUCGGGCUCGUAACUAUCAACGACCCUUACAGUUACAACCUGCUCGGCAUUGGCCCGGAUAAUCGCAGCUUCCCGUACCAGCUGGUGGACAGCGGCCUGAUUAGCACCCCGUCAUUUAGCGCCUGGAGGAACCCAAACACCACCAACGAGGGCGAAAUCAUCUUCGGAGGGAUAAAUAGCGCGAAAUUCAACGCGCCUCUCCACGCCUUCUCUUUCAAGGAUGUCAUCAGCUUUCCAGUCCACGGUAUUCAGAUCAAACUAGCCAACGGGAUCACCUCGCAGACCGAGUCCAACUCCCAGAACUCAACGAUAACCUCUACAAUCCCAGUCGCAAGAUUCCCCCUGUAUAGCAGAUACAUAACGACCAACCUCCCCCGCGCCAUGACAAUGGACCUCUAUGCCGCCCUCAAUCUCUCCUCUUUUCAAUGGGAAAACGGCUACUGGCCUCCGCCCCAAGUCCCCUGCACCCGCCGCUCGGAAAACCACACCAUCGCCUUCCUAAUUGGCAACAGCACCAUCCCCAUCUCCUGGAGCGCAUUCCUAUCAGAGGAAUACAACGACCCAGACACAUGUUCCUUCUAUAUCACCCCAUCCGACGAUGACAAGGGCUCCUGGACCGGGGUCCUAGGCAGCCUAUUCCUGUCGAAUAUCUACCUAGCCGUUGACUACAACAGCAUGAUGGUCGGGAUUGCCCCGUUGAACAAAAACCCAGGGUCCGAUGAGAUAUUGGAGAUGGGGACGAGCAGUCCGCAAAUUCCGCGGGCUGUGGGAGACUUCCCUCCGACGGUGACGGCUUAUGCGCCUGCACCGACGGAGAACCCGACGACGGAAACGUCGAGUGGGUUGGCUGCGAUGAGAACCGCAGCUCCGGGGCUUCUACCUGGGGUUGUGGGGGCUGUGGUUCUUGCUAUCAUUUAG